GCGGGAUUGAGGGAAAGAGUUUUCGCACCGGUUCUUACAAAACCGGUGCGAAAAGUGAGUAAAUCGCACCGGUUCAGUUUGAACCGAUGCGAAAACUUUGUUUUAAAAAAAAAAAAACCCGGUUAUAAUUUAACUUUCUUUCUUUCUCUUGAAACCCCUCGAUCUUUCCUCCUCUCUCAUUCUCUCUCCUCCAUUGAAGCGUACUCAUCUGCCUCUCUCUCCUUUCCUUUCUUCUCUCUUUCGAUCGCCUUAUUGCGACCUAUGCACCCUUCCUCGGUUUCAUUGUGGAGCUCUUCAGUUGUGCUCCAUCAAUCAAGGGUUUUGUUUGGCGGUGGUGGCUGUGGUGGCCUUAUUGCGACCUAAAAUCGUUGGCUUCAUCUUCUUUUGUCGAAUACUCUUCAUGGUGGCGCAAUUGCGUCUUUGGUGGAUUUGGUGGGUUCGGCUGUUGCACAAUUGCGAAUACUCUUCCUUUUUUCUGGGUUUGUAAUGAAAUUAUUGGCUUUGUUUGUGUUUUUUUUAUGAAAUUAUCUUGUGGGUUGUUUUAUUUUUAUUUUUUUUAUGGGUAUCUUCUGUUUUCCUGUUUUUUCUCCUUAAUCUGAUUAUGGUUUGAUUAAUAUGAUUUUUGGACCUUAAAUUUUUGGUUUAUAAUGUUUUGCUUUUAUUUCAUCUUAUAGUGUUAAGAAAUCCUGCAAAUUUCGGAAGGAAAUUUGUAAUUUCAUGAAUAUCAUCAACUUUAGCAUAAGUUUGAUUAAGCUUGAUGUCUUUGUGAAUUGUGAGAAUGCUUGUGAUAAGGGUAAUCCUACUUUUUUCUAUAUUUCUUGAGGUGUUUAUUUUCCUGGAUUCUUAGUUUGUUUACUGGUCUUUUUGGUUGAUUGGCUUUUUGUUGAACUUGAUGAAGUUGUUCAUAUUUACAUUGUUUCAUAUGAUACGUAGAAUCAUUAUGGGAUUUGUAGAAUACACAUAAAGUUGUAGAGGGUAGGUUGUUGUGCAAGUUUCACCUAUGAACAAGAUAUUCCCUUUCUUCAGCUUAAGAGCUUUGCAACGAAUGGUCUUAUAUGCAAUUCAAAUGAUUAGGGAGGAAGGUGAAAAUUAGCAUUUAAGGUAGUAGGUCAAAGCCUUUUCUAUUCAAUGUGAUAACACAAUGAGCAAUUCUUUCAACUUGGAAGCAAAAUCUCAAAAGUGUAGCACAGAGUAACCUUUUGUUUGGGUAUAAUUAGUAGGAAUGGUCAGCCUAUAGUUACCUUGUGCUCAGUAUUGGGAAGAUUUGGACUUGACUGACCACAAUUAUCUGAUACUCUGUUGAGAAUUGCAAGUAAAGAGGGGUUCCAUGAGAUGUUGGAGUAGUUGUGACUACAUACAACAUGAUUGCUUUUGAUGGUAAACGUUCUGAAGAAUCUGAGAAGAUUAUUGAAGAAAUAAGAAAUAGAGAUGGGGAUUACUUCUCAUGGAUGAGGUAACUACUUGUGUUGAAGGACCUUGGGCAUUUUUGGGUGAUAAUGACCUUGAAGUUUAAGGGAAACAUGUCUAACUUCCCCUUAUUUAAUCUGAUGUUGCAUGGGUGCAUGUCGUUCCUGCUUAGAUGUUUCGGAAAGUUAUCAGCACUACAAAAUCGCAUUGCAAACUUGGGCUUACUGGUACCACUGGAUUAGACGCAAAGGACGGCCUGCAGCGAGAGAGAUUGCAGAGCUAUCUUGUUUUAGGUACCAUUGGAGUAGUCGGGACUAUUAUUAGAGCUAUGCAGGCUGACGUUUGUCAUGCUUACCAAAUUUUGAAGAAAGGUGGUUUAAAAGAUGAAAAUAUUAUUGUUUUCAUGUAUGAUGACAUCGCUUAUCAAGAGGAGAAUCCGAGACCCGGGGUCAUCAUCAAUAAUCCCCAUGGAAGUGAUGUCUACGCUGGAGUCCCAAAGGAUUAUACUGGGGAACAUGUGACUGUCAACAAUUUUUUAGCAGCGUUACUUGGUAACAAAGAAGCUAUUACUGGUGGCAGUGGAAAGGUGGUGGAUAGUGGCCCUAAUGAUCAUAUAUUUAUGUAUUAUUCGGACCAUGGUGGUGCUGGUGUGCUCGGUAUGCCUACAACUCCAUUUCUCUAUGCUGAUGAGUUGAUAUAUACAUUGAAGAAAAAGCAUGCUUCUGGAACCUAUAAGAGCUUGGUGAGGUUAUCCUCCCCCUGUCCACCACAUACAAUUUUUUAUCAUUGCAGGAAGUGUACGAUUAUCGUCAAAUUUAUCAAGGAAAUCAAUGUAUAAUGAAUUUUUUUUUGUUUUCUUUUUUCCUUUUUUAUUUUUUUUUCUUGUCAAAAAAAAAAAAAAAAAAAAAAAAGAAAUGCGUUUUUUGCCAAAACAGUGGAUACUUAUAAGUAGCAAUUGUAUACCUUAUACUUGCAUCACUUCUAUAAACAAGUUAUUCUGGAUGGGGUUUCAGUUCUGUGACUUUUGUGAUGUACUGAAUAUUGUUUAAGAAUUACUUUACAACCCUUCCCUCUUCCUUCUUUCAGAAACCAAAAGGCAUGCAUGCAUCUUGUAUGGAAGAGAGAGAGAGAGUGUGUGUGUGUGUGUAGCAGCUUUGACAGGUAAAACAGCAGCAAUAGCCAGCACCAGGCAGACACAGCACCCCCAGACAACAGCUAACAGCCAGCCAGAAACAGAAAGCAGUAGCCAGCAACAGCUAAACACACCAUGCAAACAGAAACCAGCGACCAGACACAAAGCAAACAACACAGCCAACAGAAAACAGCAGCUUACAAAAGGAAAGUUGACCUGGCUGUUAAAUCAAGGACUACGCUUCUCCAGACCUUGAUUCUGUUUUUUCUUUUUCUUCACUUUUUUAAAGUGUAAUAUUAC